UUUGACAGUAGGAAUCGCGUUAUAUAUGGUCUCUCAGUUUGAAGAUAUUUGUCAUUAAAAACCAGAACAUGGGCUCUGAGAUAGGGUCCUUUCCUGACCUAUUAAAAAAAAGUCUUUAUCCUCAGGAUGCAAGGGUACCACCCCCUUCCUUUGGAAAGUGUCGAAUCACAUGCAAAGCGCUAAGUCUUUCAGUUGCUUUGGAGUGCAGAACCAUUUCAGACAUGCUGAGGAGGACUCUGCUGUGCGCGGUGCUCGGGCUUCUGCGCGCCCAGCCCUUCCCCUGUCCGCCGGCCUGCAAGUGUGUCUUCCGGGACGCCGCGCAGUGCUCGGGGGGCGACAAAAAAAGCAUCGCCGCGCUGGGUCUGCCCACCAACCUCACGCACAUCCUGCUCUUCGGAAUGGGCCGCGGCGUCUUGCAGAACCACAGCUUCAGUGGCAUGACCGUCCUGCAGCGCCUCAUGCUCUCCGACAGCCACAUUGCCGCCGUUGCCCCCGGCGCCUUCAAUGACCUGGUAAAAAAAAAAACCCUCAGGCUGUCGCGCAACAAAAUCACUCAUCUUCCAGGUGCGCUGCUGGAUAAGACGGGGCUCCUGGAGCAGCUGUUUUUGGACCACAAUGCGCUGAGGGGCAUUGACCAAAACAUGUUUCAGAAACUGGUUAACCUGCAGGAGCUCGCUCUGAACCAGAAUCAGCUCGAUAAAAAAACUGCCGGUCUCUUCACGAAUCUGGGGAACCUGAAGUUGUUGGAUUUAUCGGGAAAAAAAAUGACCCACCUGCCCAAGGGAUUGCUUGGAGCACAGGCUAAGCUCCAGAGGCUUCUGCUCCACUCGAACCGGCUUGUGUCUCUGGAUUCGGGGCUAUUGAACAGCCUGGGCGCCCUGACGGAACUGCAGCUCCACCGCAAUCACAUCCGUUCCAUCACACCCGGGGCCUUCGACAAAAAAACAAACCUGAGUUCUUUGACUCUUUCGAGAAACCACCUUGCGUUUCUCCCCUCUAAAAAAAUUCUUCAUUCGCACAGUUUGACUCAGUUGACUCUGUUCGAGAACCCGCUGGCAGAGCUCCCGGGGGUGCUCUUCGGGGAGAUGGGGGGCCUGCAGGAACUGUGGCUGAACCGCAAAAAAAUGCGCACCCUGCCCGCUGCCGCCUUCCGAAACCUGAGCCGCCUGCGGUCCUUAGGGGUGACUCUGAGCCCGCGGCUGAGCGCGCUCCCGCAGGGCGCCUUCCAGGGCCUGGGCAAAAAAAGAGUGCUCUCCCUGCACUCCAACGGCCUGACCGCCCUCCCCGACGGCUUGCUGCGGGGCCUCGGCAGGCUGCGCCAGGUGUCCCUGCGCCGCAACAGGCUGCGCGCCCUGCCCAAAAAAAUCUUCCGCAAUCUCAGCAGCCUGGAGAGCGUCCAGCUCGACCACAACCAGUUGAAAAAAAUGCCUGGCGACGCGUUUGGGGCUCUGCCCCGGCUGAAGGAGGUCCUGUUGGGGCACAACCCCUGGCGCUGCGACUGUGGCCUGGGGCCCUUCCUGGGGUGGCUGCGGCAGCACAAAAAAAUCGCGGGCCUGGAAGAGCCCCCGCGGUGCGCAGGCCCUGGGAAGCUCGCCGGCAAAAAAAUCUGGGCCCUGCCGGGGGGUGACGCAGAGUGCCCGGGCCCCCGGGGCCCGCCUAAAAAAACCGCUGCGGACAGCUCCUCGGAAGCCCCGGUCCAUCCAGCCUUGGCUCCCAACAGCUCAGAACCCUGGGUGUGGGCCCAGCCCGUGGCCACGGGCGAAUAUCAAGAUCAUGGCAAAAAAAGGGGGUUUUAUUUUCUGCUUUUGGCUGUUCAGGCCUUGAUCACCGUGAUCAUCGUGUUUGCUAUGAUUAAAAUUGGCCAGCUCUUUCGAAAAUUAAUCAGAGAGAGAGCUCUUAAAAAAAUCAAUGGGAAAAUCUUCUAAUUAUUUAGAACGUGACCAGA